AUGUCGACUGCGGAUCGCGACACCGAGGUUACUCAAUCUCCCAACAAUGGCGUCCCCCAGGAGGUGGUUCUAGACGACAAGGCCGCGAUCGAGGUGGACAAGGAGUCCCUCUCCGUCACCCCCGAUGGCGAGGAGCCCACCGAUACCGAGAAGAAGGCCCUGCGCCAUGUCGCAGAGAAUCUUCCCAUCUCCGCAUGGUUGGUGGCUGCCGUGGAGCUGAGCGAGCGGUUCACCUACUAUGGCAUGUCCGGGUUGUUCCAGAACUACGUCCAGCGUCCUCUGGACGGCAGCCAGGGACGGGGUGCGCUGGGUAUGGGACACCAGGGCGCAACGGGGUUGACCACUUUCUUCCAGUUCUGGUGCUAUGUCACCCCCAUCAUUGGUGCCAUCGUUGCCGACCAGUAUCUCGGCAAGUACAAGACGAUCAUGGCCUUCUGUGUCAUCUACCUGAUCGGUCUGCUGAUCCUGGUGUGUACGUCGAUCCCCACGGCUUUGGCACAUGGUGCGGGUCUGGGUGGUUUCAUCGUGGCUAUUUUGAUUAUUGGUCUCGGCACCGGUGGUAUCAAGAGUAACGUGGCGCCUCUGAUUGCGGACCAGUACAAGCGCAAGAGAAUGGCGCUGUCGACCACCAAGAAAGGCGAGCGAGUGAUCAUCGACCCGUCGCUGACGAUCCAGCGCAUCUACAUGAUCUUUUACGGCUGUAUCAACAUUGGCUCGCUGUCACUGCUGGCUACUCCAUACAUGGAGCGUGACGUUGGCUUCUGGUCGGCGUUUCUGCUCUGUCUCUGCAUGUUCGCCUGCGGGACAAUGGUGCUCAUCUUGGGCCGCAACUUCUACGUGGUGCGCCCACCCCAGGGCUCGAUCAUCACCGACGCCUUCAAGGCGCUGUGGAUCAUGGUCCGCAACCGCAACAUGGACGCGCCCAAGCCCGGCUGGCAGGCCCAGCACCGCGGGGUGCAGGCGCAUGUGCCAUGGGACGACCACUUUAUCGACGAGCUUAAGCGCGCCCUGGUUGCGUGCCGCGUGUUCUGUUUCUACCCGAUCUACUGGGUGGUGUACGGCCAGUUCUCCAGCAACUUCGUUACGCAGGCCGGCCAGAUGGAUGGCCACGGCAUCCCCAACGACCUGAUGCAGAAUUUUGACCCGAUUUCUAUCAUCGUGUUCAUCCCAAUCCUCGAGACGCUGGUGUACCCCCUCCUGCGCCGGAUGAAGAUCCCACUGCGCCCCAUCACGCGCAUUGCACUGGGCUUUGUGGUCGCGUCACUGGCGAUGAUGUACGCCGCCAUCGUGCAGCACCUGAUCUAUUCAGCGGGACCGUGCUACGAGCACCCGGGCUGCUCGGCCUCAGAGGUCGACGGCACCGCGCAGGGAAACAAUGUCCAUAUCGCCAUCCAGACCCCGGCAUACGUGCUGAUUGGUAUCUCGGAGAUCUUUGCCUCGGUGUCGGGUCUCGAGUACGCCUACACCAAGGCGCCGCCGUCGAUGAAGUCCUUCGUGCAGUCCAUGUACCUCCUGACCAACGCCUUUGGGUCCGCGCUGGCCGAAGCCUUGACCCCGGCCGCCUAUGACCCGGCUAUCCUGUGGAUGUUUGUGGGUCUUUCCGGUGCAUCUUUCCUGGUUGGCAUUGUGUUCUGGCUCCUCUUCCACCACCUCAAUGCCCAGGAGGACGACAUGAACGCUUUGGAUGCCGAGGACUGGAUGCCCGAAGCACCGCGCGACGAGAAGCAGUAA